AUGAACAUCAUCGGGCUGGCUCGGGCCCACCUGAAGCGGCUGUCGGCAUUGCCCCGCGGGCAGUCGUUGAAUGUGACGGCAGAUUUGAUCGAGGAGUUGGACGACGAAUUCGUAGACGAUGACGAACGGGUGGCCAUCGCUCAGCGCUACACCAGCACGCUGCCCACCGUGAAGGGCCACUGGGUCCACUGGUGGCACACGCUGACAACCUAUAUGUGCAAGCCCGGCGCGCGUUGUCAGCUUUGCAAGAGCAAAACUCGAGGCUUCCGUCUGCCCGUGCUUUGUCCCGUCUGCGGCGUGACCUACUGCACCCAGUGCUACGGACCUUAUAAACAGGGAUAUUAUAACAAGUACGUCCGAGCCAAUUUCCCGUCAUGUUAUUCCCAUCCCAUUCCCAUCCCAUUCCCAUUCCUAUCCCCCGUGGCGGGUUCAUCUACCUAUCGUAGAGGCUGUUUCAAGUGUGCUGUCGUCGUGGAACGGCUUGAGUACUUUUACGGCUAUGUCGUCAGCGUUCUGGAACGCGGCUGUUAUGUACGAAUCAACUUACUGGAUUUCAUACCACUUGCAGCCAAGGCAGUUGAACAAAAGAACGUGCCUCUAGAUGAUCACACUCAGCACCACCGGCCCAUCUGCGGCGCAGCAAAUGCAAGCUCCGAA